UUCUAUGUUUAAAAUUUUGACGAUAACGCGAAAACACUGCAUUGUUUCCUGGCGGCACGGGAAUCUGCAUGACGUACUGCUCGAAGUGUGGGAACCACCUGUGCUGCAGGAGCAACAACAAUUGCUUCUUUUUGUUCCACUCUAAAACAUGAGUGCACCAAUGAUUGUCACGUGCAUAAACAUCUGAGUAUGAAUAGCACUAAGUCUAUCUUUCACCUUCAACUUCUUCUUCAUUUGCAUGUUGUUGCAAAUGCGCGACGUACCCUAUUUCUGCAUAUUCAAACCACAGAAAUCCGCUAAAGUACAGCUACUGUUUGCUUCCCUGCAACUCCAUGAAUAAUAUUAUGAGGAAACAAAUAGUUGUGCAGUAAAGGGUAGAACAUGCAUUGUAUCUGUAAUCAUAUGCUCACCUGCUAUUGUCUCGACAUGGGACUGGUAGAAUUGAAAAUAAAUAAAUAAAUAAAUAAAUAAAUCAGUUGUAGUGAUUCAGUCAACAAACUUACAAUGGGCCGAUGUACAUGUCAAGUGGUUAACGCGAAUGUAUGCUACCAUGUUAAAUGUAAUGUUAAACAUAAAAACUUCUUUUUCUUUUUCUCUCUCUUUCUGCCACGUGAGCCACGCUCAGCUCGUGCUGGCGAGCACGAUCUGCCGCGAGACGAACGCGCUCGCUUUUGCAGCAGGCUGCCGAUCUCUCUGCCCAGCGAGCAUCGACCCAGCCCCGCCGCCAUACGACCGGCUGUCCAUCGCGCCCCAUGGAGAAGCUCAAGUGCGGGCCCGUGGUCGAGAUGCGGGGCGACGACAUGGCGCGCGUCGUCUGGGACCUGGUCCGCGAGAAGCUCAUCGUGCCGUACGUGGACGCCGACCUGAGGGUGUUCGACCUGUCGAUCGAGCACCGUAACCAGACCAACGACACGGUCACCCUGGAGGCCACCCAGGCGCUGAGGACGCACAACGUGGGCGUCAAGUGCGCCACCAUCACGGCCGAGAAGGACGUGCUCGAGAAGUACCACCUGAAGCGCAUGUGGAUGUCGCCCAACGCCGCCAUCCGCAACGCGCUGGGCGGCGCCGUCUUCCGGGAGCCCAUCGUGUGCCGCAACAUCCCGCCGCUCGUGAAGCAGUGGCGCAAGCCCAUCAUCAUCGCGCGCCACGCGUUCGGCGACCAGUACAACUGCAAGGACUUCGUGGUGCCCGGACCCGGCACGCUGCAGAUCAACUACUCGCCCACCAUCGGAGCCCCCUACCACCUUGACAUUUACGACUUCGACGACACGCUGGGAGUGGCGGCCGCCAUGUGCAACACGGACCGCUCCAUCACUGAGUUCGCGUACUGCUGCUUCCAGUUCGCGCUGCAGCGCGGCUACCCGCUGUUCCUGAGCACCAAGGAGACCAUCAUGAAGAAGUAUGACGGCCGCUUCAAGGGCAUAUUCGAGAUGCUCUACCAGAAGAAGUACAAGAGCCGCUACAUGGAGAAGGGCAUCUUCUUCCAGCACCGGCUCAUGGACGACAUGGUGGCGCGCUCGCUGCGCAUGGAGGGCGGCUUCGUGUGGGCCUGCAAGAACUACGACGGCGACAUCCAGUCGGACUUCAUCGCGCAGGGCUUCGGCUCGCUGGGGCUCAUGACGAGCGUGCUCAUCUGCCCCGAUAACAAGACGACGAUGACCGAGGCGGCGCACGGCACCGUCACCAAGCACUACCGGCGCCACACCGCGGGGCUGGAGACCUCCACCAACGCGCUGUCCUCGGUGUACACCUGGACCAAGGGGCUCGCGCAUCGGGGUAAGCUCGACGGCGACGCCAAGCUCAUCGCGUUCGCCAGGUGUCUGGAGCGGGUCUGCCUCGACACAGUCGAGUCGGGCUUCAUGACCAAGGACCUGGCGUCGUGCGUCAAGGGGUUCGGCAAGGUCGACCGGAGGGACUACCUCAACACCUUCGAAUUCGUGGACAAGCUGGCGCAGCAGCUGGACGUUAGGUUCAAGGAGCUGUUCACGGAAGAACCACGGGUAUAGGCUGCGUUUCACUCAGGGAGUCGAUAGGACAUUAAAUUCAUCUAAUGGCGAGAAGGCUCUGUUACCGUGUUUCGUUCCUACCAGAAGGAUA